AUAGAGUCUACUUUACAUCUAUAUUUGGAGUAUCAAAAACGCUAUUUUUUUCUAAUUUAUAUUUGCCCUGCAUUAACGUUUGUUAAUCUUGUCGGGGGAAUGAGCGUUAGGGUGGGUUUGACGAGUGGCGGUCAGUCCCCGCUACUAUAUUAGCCGCCCAGAGAAUUGGGGACCGAUUUACGAGUCAACAAGGAACAAUCGGAACAAAUCUCAUAGCUCCGAUCUCCAUCAACAAAGAAGAAACGCCCAAUCUUCGCCGCCGCCGGUUUCUGAUGAUCAGGUGGAGAAAUGGUUUUCCGGCGAAGGAAGCUGCUGCUGAAUGACUCCGUCCAGAUUAUCGCCAUCAACUGUACUCACUUUUGUGAUCCAAAAACGAACCCAAAAGGCCUUUGCCCGCUCCCGUGUCUACCUUUCUGCUUCGUGAAUUGCAAAUCGACGUUUCUGUUGCCUCAAGAUCCACCGCCGCCGCCGCCGCCAGAUUUCGCCGACUUAAAUUCCCGUCCGGUGAAUCACUUCCGCGCGUCUCUCUUCCUCACAGUCUUCCUCUCCAUACUCGCCACCUCCUUCUUCCUCUUUUCCUUCUACACCGUCCUCAAGCUCUACCGGAAUUGGAGGGCCGGCGGCGGCCCAGGGAGAUCAGAAGAAGAAGACGGCGGCGACGAGAGGUUCGGGGAUUUCGUGGAUGACGAUCACGGGCUUACGGUGGACCAUCCUAUCUGGUAUAUCCGAACCGUCGGCCUCCAGUCCUCCGUCAUCAACGCCAUCGCCGUCUGCAAGUACAAGAGCGGCGAAGGAUUGGUAGAAGGAACAGAGUGCGCUGUCUGCUUGAAUGAGUUUCAAGAAGACGAAACUCUCCGGCUAUUGCCCAAAUGCAACCACGCCUUUCAUAUACCGUGUAUUGAUACUUGGCUAAGAUCCCACACCAAUUGCCCCCUCUGCCGUGCCGGAAUCGUCUCUAACACGGCCGUGGAAGUGGCCGUGGCGGCGACGGAGCAGAGUUUGCAGAGUUCAGUUCCAGUUCAAGAACCCGAAACCCAAGACGCAGAACAGAUUGAGAUUGAAGAACAUAUUGAAACUGCAGAGAUAGAGAGAGAAGAAAUCAGGGCAGAUAAUGCAACAGAAGAAGAAAACGAAGCUCAAAUCGGAAUCAAAAGAUCAUUUUCACUGGACUCUGUUUCUGCUUUGAUGGUUAGUGCUGCAGUGCUUAAAGCUUUUGCAGAUGAAUCUGCAGGCUCUAAAUCUAAUACUCAGAAGAAGGUAGAGAGACAAAAGGGCACUUCAUCAUCUUCUUCAUCUUCUUCAUCAUCUUCUUCGUCUUCUUCUUUAAUGCCUGGGUUGAUGAAGAGAUCGCUGUCGUGCGGCGGAAAGGUAUUCUCGUCCCGGUACAACAGACGGCCGAGUGGCAUUCUUCCUCGUUGAAGUUGAGGGGAUGCAAAAUUCCAGCUUGAAAUGAAAUAGCUUCAUGUAAUGUAGUGAAAUGGGAUGAAUCCUCCAUGUAAUAAGACAGAAAUGGAGGCUGAUACCAAAAGUGGAGAUCAGCCAUUUCUGUCUUCGGAGCACACAUGAUAUCCUGUAAUUAUUAAGAAACAACAAAUGUUAAUCCAUAAUCCUUCUUCAACAGUAACAUUGUUGGAGUUUGAUUUCAUGUUCUUCAU